AUGACAGACGUCGAUGUCUUCCGCGAUGCAGAGUACAUCGCUGACGUGUCAAGGAUAUCCCUUCUCGAUGACGCGGAGAGCGAUUCAGCAGCCGGAAAUGGUCCACCCAGCGCCCAGGACCGCAGUCGCGUAAGGAAAGCCCAGUCCACAGCGAAAAUCGCCUUCAUCGACCGGUUACUUCGGGACCUGGACAUUCUCAUUUACUGCCAAUUGUCAGCACUGUAUUAUAUGGACUGCUCUAUUGUUCUGUUUGCUAUUCGUGCCUUUGUCGAACUCAUCUUCUUCACGCCUAAAGCCGCGCCCUUCGAACCUACGCGAAAUCAACCGUUCGUGACAGCUAUUAUCGGCAGCAACCUGCUCUGCAUCCUCUUUCAUGCCUUCAUUAUAAACCCCGAAGCUGGCGAAGCUACUCGCGGCUAUCUACAUGGCGGGGUAUUUAUCGAUUUCAUCGGACAGAAACCCGUCCCCGUCUUUCGACUCAUAUCCUUCGAUAUCCUGAUCUUCCUUGUCGACUUUCUCAUGCUAGGAUUGAUUAUUGAGCGAGUAAAGACGACUGCUCUGAGUUCCCCUUCAACAACAACAACAACCACCACCACCACGACCGCUUCUUCAACGAAUGUCGACGCAGGUACAGAGACGGCAGAGCCUGAUCAGACGGAGGGACAAGAUCACGAUGCAGAGGAGCGGGGAGUUAUACGAGGAACCGAAGAGGCAAAUGAUGACAAUAUCUCUACAACUCCACCAGUUAUUGAAAUUGAUGAUGUGAAUGACGAACGGACGACACUCCUCGCGGAUCCUGAAGACAAUGCUGCAAGUCGGGACAGUCACCCUCUUGACUCGUUUUCUUCGGGCGUGGCUGUUAUAAUGGAAAUGGGGUUCUUUACCACAAUACGAAACCAAUGGGUAUACUCGACUAGACCGCAGCGGCCCACGGGUUAUGUGCCAUCGUCUGAGACGGCUACAUUCCUUCGACAGCGUUUCGGGCUGCAAGUUGGGGCGGAUGGCCGGAUCGUUCGAGUGAAUGCAUAG